GGGUGCCGUUUUCAGAAUAUUAUCCCUGGUGGCGAAAACAGGCAAGGGUCAUGGUGCCCUCUAGGUUAACAUUGCUGUGCAUGGUAGCACUAAUUGGAAUCUUAAUACAAAGUUCUUCCACCAAAAAAGUUGAGGACGGGAAUACUAAUGUCAAAAGUCGUUCAGAUUUUGACAUAGAAGAAGUGCGAGGAGUCGAUGGAAGUAAGAAGGAUGACAACGAAGAAGGAGAGUUGACAUUGAUUGAUCGAGCCGUGAAAAACACAGGUUUAACAAAAGAUGAAAUCGAGGAGGUAGAAAAACGAGGAUGGAGAAGAAAAUCUCGGCGUAGAAGGCGACGCAGACGCUCUCGACGAAGGAGGUCUAGACGUUAUAAAAAUCGACGAAGGAGAAACCGUAGAAGACGAUCUAGGCAAAGGAAUGGUGGAAGAGGUUCAAGAAGAAAGGGAUCCGGUGGCCAAAGUGGUGGCGGUGGUGGGAUUGGAUCUCAUAUUGGAUCCGCCAUUUCUGGGGGACUUGGUGCAUUACAUAGCGGUUUAGAUCUUGCACAUAGUCUCACUCCCGGCAAUAACCCUGACGAGGACGAGGAAGAGAAUAAUUACUAGCUUAUGUAUAUGAAAUUAGAAGCAUGAGAAUAAAGUAUGAUUAAUGA